ACUUAUCUCUCCCUUCUCUCCCUCCUCCUCUACCCUUCGGAAUUGUUUCUGUCUCUGGUGGAGGAGGGAAAAUAGAGACAGAAAGAGGAGUCCAAGUUUCCUGUGCGCCACCGGGGAACAGGGAUUCCUAUUUCAUGCUGCUCUCUUCACCUUUUCAUCCUCAGAACUGUCUUCAAGUUAUCUUAAAGGUGGAGUUCAUUCAUGAGAAUUAAUUGACAUUUCGAUGUGAUAAAUCUCUCUGGACAAUAUUUUGCUUGCAUAGAGAAGCUACCCUUGGGAGUUGAAGGGCAUCAUUCCUUGGUAUACUCUUUCUGCCUGCUCCUUCUGAGACUGGCUUCACUAUAAACAGGCUUUAAAAGGGUCGUUGCAAUGGGUAUAUGUGCCUCAACACAGAGUGGAAGUCCUAGACCCACUAGGAAAUAUAUAAAUAGACAUCGCAAAUGUCACGGGAAGAUAGCUGCUUCCAUUCCCGAUGGACCUAUUAAAAGGCUUAGCGAUGCUGGGAGUCGUAUUAGGGACUUUGCUCUUAGUGAAUAUGUUCAUCUAGACUUCGAGAAAGGUGCUGCAACCACCUGCAAGCGCUCUGAGAUGUCUAAUAAGACAUUCCAUCUGACCCAACUUCAGUGGAGUCAAAUUGAUGCUAAUGGAUUAUGCCAAGAAGAACAUUGGUUUGAUUCAGUUAGUAUUAUAGAGUCAGAUUCGGAUGAUGACUUCAGCAGUGUGUAUGGAGAUGGGUUUCCUUCAGUAGGUAAUGCAAUCGGGAAUAUUUCAAAUGCUCAAUUCCUUCAGUAUGAAAGUGCAUCAUGCUUUGUAGAGAAUGGCUCUAAAUAUGAAGAAAUUUAUGAAAGUUAUGUGAAGAUAGAUGGAGGCAAAACUGAGAAGUUCCUUAACAAGAAAGAGUGUGCAAUGGACUCUGGAGAGAAAGGCCAAGAGAACCGAAAGAAAUCUACAGUUAUCAUGGUUUCUGUAAAGAGGAAAUCUUGUGAAGGGGAUGAGAUCACUAAAUUACGAACAGCUGAGAAGUGCUUAUGUCGUCCAAAGGCAGGAUUGCUCAUUCCAUGUUCAGGAGAGAAACCUACUCCAGGAUCCUGGUCGGAGGUUUCACCUUCAGUUUUUAAGCUCCGCGGCGAGAAUUACUUUAGAGAUAAACAAAAGUCCCCUGCUCCAGACUGCAGCCCAUAUAUUCCAAUUGGUGUUGAUUUAUUUGUCUGCCCAAGGAAACUUAAUCACAUUGCUCAGCACCUUGAACUGCCUCAAGUUAAAACACAUGACAAAGCACCCGCACUUCUGAUCGUUAAUAUACAGAUGCCUACUUAUCCUGCCAGCUUGUUCCUUAAUGCGGAUGAUGGGGAAGGCAUGAGCCUUGUAUUAUAUUUUAAAGUAUCAGACAAUUUUGAUAAAGAAAUAUCUCCUCAUUUUCAGGAGAGCAUAAAGAGUUUAGUUGAUAACGAGAUGGAAAAGGUUAAUAAAGGGUAUGGAAAGGAGAGUGCACUUCCUUUCAGAGAAAGGCUAAAAAUCAUGGCCGGUUUAGUCAAUCCAGAGGACCUCCAGUUGGGUUCUGCUGAAAGGAAGCUUAUUCAAGCCUACAAUGAUAAACCAGUGCUUUCUCGUCCUCAACACAAUUUCUAUAUGGGACCUAAUUACUUUGAAAUUGACCUGGAUUUACAUCGGUUUAGCUACAUAUCUAGGAAAGGACUUGAAUCAUUCCGAGACCGUAUGAAGCGAGGAAUAGUCAAUCUAGGAUUGACCAUUCAGGCACAAAGACCAGAGGAGUUGCCAGAGCAAGUUCUUUGUUGUUUGAGGUUGAAUAAGAUCGAUUUUGUAAAUCAUGGUCAAAUUCCAACCAUUGUAACUGAUACUGAUGGUUAAUUUGGAUAGAUACCUGGAGAGAUGCAUACAAUUCUGGUGGAAGAAUUACUUUGUAAUUAAAAAAAAAAUUAUUUUAAGAGAAGCAAUUUUCUUAAAACCUUACUGAUAAUAGUCCAAAGAUCGGUAGGCAUUCUCAAUCACCUGCUUUUCUGUUCCUUUUGCUCUACCAUUUAAUCUCUAUAUAAUGCCCAUACAGACAGAAACAUGGCAUCGAGUUCAAUUCUGAUACUGUGUUCCACAAUGUGUGUGUGUGUUUUUUUAAUUGUUCCUUAACUCCUAUGAAAAAUUAUGAAAGAAAUGAUAUUAUUGAUA